AUGGCAGACAUUCGAAGGAUCCGUCGCCGGUGCCCGGACUGUGCAAUCGGCCAGGUUAUCCAGAGUUCACCAACGGAGCCGGGACGGGCCCGGGUUGGUCUUGUUCCUAAUAAGAGCACGCCUCCCGCAAGGAUCAACCAGGUAGCCCCUCGGGGCCGGGGCCCUCCGGACUGCUCGGCCGCGCCGCGGCUGCCGGGCCGCGGUGCCGGAGUCUUGCGCCUCUCUGCUCUCGCUCGCCAUCCGGCCUCCGCUCCCUCCGGCCCGCCGACGGUCCCUCGCCCUCUCCGGCCCGGCCGGGGCCCGCCACUUCCUCUCCUUCCCCGGCGCGCGGGCGGCCGCUGGAAUGCCGCCCGCCGGCCCGGUGCGCCGGCCAGCUCUCGCCUCGAUCCCGGAGGGGGCGCCCAGACUAGCCAGGAGGCUGAGCUCCCUCCGUCUGGGCCGGCGCGGGGCCCGCUCCCCGCCUCACCGGCUAAUUCUGAGCCGGCUGUUGGGCUCCGGCCGAAGCGACCGCAGCGAGGCGGCCGCACAGCCAGGAAUGUCCACGAGGCGGGCCCCACGCCGGCCCGGGAACCAUAA